AUGCAACAGUUGCCAUCAAGCAAAGACACGUUGUUCUGGUGCAUCUCCAAUCAACUCGGUAGACCAAAAGGUACAACCAAGAAUCGGAGGGAAAACAGUGCCCAUGCAAGCAAUAAUGCGCCCCAACAACAGCGAACUCCCUCGCAUUCAUCCUCUACAACUACCGCGACUACCACUCCCACCGCCGCCGCCAACUUGACCAGCGCUAGUUUUUUCAAAGACUUGUCAGCUUUUGACAGUAUGCUUCACGAUGGGUCUAUUGAAUCCACUCCGGGAAUGUUUUUCGCCAACGGGAAAGGCUUUCCAGACCCUAUGGGUCUUGAUUUGAUAUCGAAUUUUGCUUUCAACCCUGAUAGAAAUGAUCUAAGUAUGAAGGCACUAAGCAAAUCCGCAUACCCCAUUGGAAAGCCAUCAAGUAUCUCUUCGACGGACGAUAUAAUGGAUGCGGUUACAGAGGACGUCCAAUUUUACUCUCCAGACAACUUUGACUUUCGCUCUAAUUCUAUAUCCUCUUUCCAUCAUGUCGGAAAUAACCGCAGAAGCAAUUCUCUUUCGGGGGAGCGGUCAAUGACGACAAGGGAAGAUCUAUAUCAGUCUCAACUGCAGAUGACGGAUACUUCGCUCCCACAGCGCAAUACCUGUUAUUGUGUAAAGGAUCACGCUGAUAUACUAUGCCGCCUAGGCGAGCUGGAAAACAUCAACGGCUCGCUCUCUGUUGAUGUAACCUUGAUGUGUGUGCAGGAGGCUCUCGGUCCCUGGAAAGAAUUGUCCCAAUGCAAAAUUUGCGAUAAUGAUGACGACCAAGGUGUCCUAAUACUCUCCGCCAUGACUAUUCGAGCAGUACUUCGUCGCCUGCAACGACUCUGCGCUGCAAUUGUGUUGUCGAAUGAUGAACCCUCUCGUAACGACACCAACGUUUUGCUGGGCCUCUCUGAUGGUGGGCGGCUUGUGAUGGGAAAAUACGAAGUCCCUUUUGGAGAGCAAAUCGUGGUGACAUAUUUACUUAUUUCCUACAGUCUUGCUAAGAUUCGAUUUGCUAUUCUAUCGUUGAAAUCCAAGCUCGACCGCGCUCCGGCCCGCGCAAAGGAGAAUCUUGAGAGAAAUGGACAGCACAAUGUUACUUAUGACGGUAAUAAGGCUGCUAAUAAUGCCAGCAGAGGUGUUGAUAUGACCAAAGUCUCGUCAUCGUCAAUCCCAACCAUUGAUCUGUCGAAUGAAGACCCUGGUUGCAUGCAUGCAAUGAUACGCUGCCUGGACGCCACUGUAGAAGCAGUGGGGAAAUCCCUACAAAGAGCAAAUAUUUCUCUGGUAGAGAAUGCUGGACAUAUCUCAUAA